AUGGCGUCGUCGGAAGUGCUGCCAGUAAGCCCUAGGCACUCGGUGGUCGGCGGCGGUGGCGACGGCGGCGGCGGCGGCGGCGGCGGCGGCGGCGGCGCCGCGUCGCAAUGCUUGAAGGUGCGGGCCAAGUACGACGACAUGCCCGCGAUGACCCAUUGUAGAGCCGUGGCGAGGAUCGUGUCCACGCCAGUCUCCUCGGCGGCGGCUCGCCGCCUCCCCAACUUUUUCGGCAACAAAUUGCGGCAUCGAUUAUCCGAGCCGGUGUUGCUGCCGGAACUGCGGACCAUGAGAGAAGCCGCCACGCCUGCGCCGGUCGUCACCCACUCGUCGUCGGAAUGCGAACUGGCAAGCACGGGGCGAUCAGAUGACUGCGGCAGUUGCAGGUCGACGGACUCGGGUCACGGAUCAGCCCCAGGGGACAAACCCGAUGACCCAGUGCUGAGGGAACCCGACGAGGACGCCACCAAGGUUGCGGACAAUGACGAUGGCGGGAAGACCGGAUGUGCUGCCGAUGGUGAAGCCCAGCAUGCUGAUGAUCAUCAUCACAGGGACCCGCUGGAGAAACUGGUUCGCACUCUGCAGCAACGCUGCAAGGACCAGCAAGCCGAAAUCUUUUCCUUGAAAACGAAAUCUGCUACAACGGUGGCCGAAUAUGAGCAAUGGAAGCGCAGACGGGGCUCUGAGUUGUUGCAGUUGUCAGCGCAACUGUAUUGGCUGGAAAGCAACUUGCGGAAGGAGCAGCAGCGGUUGAAAUGGUGCGUGGAGUCCAGGGACAGAACAAUACACAUGCAACACCGCACCAUUCAUCAGCUCACUCAGCAGCUGAAAGACAAGCCCGUCCGAUCCUGUUCCUGUGUGCGGAACAACAACAUCACCAACUCCCAAGGGAUGAACUCAGUACCAGGAAGUCCCCAGAACGAGGUGCUGGACCCCAAGUCCGUCGUGAUCCUCGUCAGCGGCGUCGAAAAGUGCACCGACGACGAUUCUGCUGUCGUGAUGGAUGACGACUGCGCCGAUUGUUCGGCGCCGCCGCGAAUGCCGACCUCGAUCAUGCGCAGUGUCAGCGACGCCCUCGAGUGCGCUUGCGUUCAAAACAGUGAUUCCAGGCGCCAUUCGUCGCCGGCCUACACUUUGGCCACGGCGGCGUCCCCUGCUGCGACCUCACUUCCUGUGCGACGAGGUUCGCUCAAGCACAACAUGGACCAUCCGUUCAACAGCUACCUGCGUAAACCGGAAGUGCUGGAGACUGUGUACAGUGUGGACGAGGAAUCCGAGGAUGUGGAUGCUCAUGCGGCCAACAAGGUGUCGCCCUCGGGCUGCAGUGGCGGCGGCAUCUCGUUCGAAUUGCCCCGAAGCGAGUCUUGCGAAUUCAACAAAAGCUUCUCUGUUGUCAGCAGAACGCAUUCCUCACCGGCCGUCGCUUUGAUGAACCGUCUUCGCCCCAAAAAAUAUUUCGGAAGUUGUGAUAAUGUCGCCCUGGCCAUGAAGAACGAGCGCAUGUCGUCCUACAAACCCAAGUCAAUGGAGAACCUCAUGAACGCCGUAGAGUUGCCAACUGCGUCGGACGACUGCCUCUUGUACCGCUACGAAGUGUUCGAUCGUUUCGCCACCACGCCGCCACCGCCGCCACUGCUGGACGCCGACCCCGACGCCGCCCUGGACGCGGACGCCAGGAAAUACUCGCGACGCCAAUCCAAGUCGGCUGCUGUCCCGGUCAUCAAGAACAACCACAAAAACGUGACUCGUCCCAGAGACUUGAAAGCCAAACGAGCCAACAAUGCUGGCAACAAUAACAACAACAACAAUAAUAAUACCACUGGCAAUAUCGGUCCUUCCAAAAGGUCCAAGUCCGUGGAGGAACUGAGGUUCAAGUUCUGGGACUGGAUGGGUCUACGGCGCAACAGACAAUCUUGAUUUCCCCCCACCAUUUGCUUCAUUCAAAUCAAAUUUAGCAAAGGGAUUGUUUUUCAUGUUAUAAUUUAAAAAAAAUUCAGUGUUACAUUUUGAUGGUUUAAAAAAAAAACAUUUCGCCUCUGAUGAGCUAAUGAAACUCUUUUUUUUUAAAGCAAUCUCAGAUUUUUAAGGGAUGCAUAACUGAGAACUAAACAAACAGAAUCUCGAAAGAAUUUCGUGGAACCUAAUUUUCCACUUUAAAGUUGAUUGAGUCUUUUCCCGUUUUCCAAGUUCUCUCGCUUUUGGGUCCAUUUGGUUUUGAGAAGAAAACAAUUCAAAAGGCCUAGUUUGAAUGAGUAUCUUGCCAAUAAAAACUGGGAGUUUUUUUAUGAUUCAUGUGAGUCAUCAAUGAAGUUUAAUUGCAAGUGGAUGAAACCAGGGGUCACUUUCUAAUUUCUUUCUAUGUGAGCGAAAAUUUCAGUUCAUUGAAAAUUCGGAUACCGUAGAACUGAUUUAAAAGGCAUCUAAUGUUGAAAAACCGUUGAAAACUAAAAUUAUUUCAUUUUGAAUCAAAUAAAAUGUUUGCCACCGUGAUUCUCAAGGAAAAAAUCUUCAAAGAAUAACAUGUUUUUUCCUUGAAGAAUGUUUAAACGUCGCGGAAGGAAAGUGAUACAAAUUAUAUUCAAAUUAAAAAUUGUUUUAAACUUACAAUUUUAUUCGAAAGCUUCGACGGACCUGUUGAAAAGUGCGAUACGCUUCGUGUGCGGUCUAUAGAACGACAAAAAUACUUCGUUUGUAAUCAAAUAAUGCCGAUAUGAUUUUGGGAAAUUUUUGAUUGGACCCGUGAAAAGAAACGAGGUUCAGCAUUUUGUGAUGUUGAAAUUUCUUUCGUCGGAUUCCAUUGGAAGGCUUUUGAGCUUAAUGUCGAAUCCUUUGCGUAAUUGGUCGAUGUUUUUUUGAGAAAUUUUGCUUCCGAUUUUUUUUUUUUUUUUUUUUUUUUAAUCUUGGCUGAAGGGAGAAGUUGGGAGGAAAAUCCAAAACCCAGCAUUUAGCUGAUGAUGCUCCUCUUCUAUUGCUUGUUGGUCGAGAGAAAUGUUUCCUCUCGAAAGAGAUUUUAACGAAGUGAUUUCUUUUUAUUUUAUUUCCUGUGGGUUCGACCCGACAGCUGUUCGGUCGGAAUGUACUCAUGUGCCCUGUGUCAAUAAAUUCGGAAUCCAA